AGUUCAAAAACAGAAAGCCGCUCAGUCUGAAGACCGUGCGGACCAGUUGGCCGCAGAGCUGUUGGAACGUGACGCCAAAUUAGAGGACACUCGUGUACAACUUGAGGAAUUCUCCUUACGUCUUGAAAAGUCUGUGAAAGAAAGAUCCCAAGCUGCAGCAGAAAACACAGCACUGAAGAUGCGGUUAGAAGAGCUGGAAUCACUGUUAGAACGUGUUGAUCACAACUCGAAGGCUCAUAUCGAAGAGCUCACUGCCAAAGUUCACACAAAAAGCUCCGAGGCUUCAAGCCUUAGUCUUGAGAAUGAACGCCUUAAGUCUUCUAUCACUACGAUCGAGACAAAAUUUGCCCAGGCAGACGAGGAAUUGAUGCAACUGCGGGCAAAUCUCAAACAUUACGAGAAUCUCGUUGACGAGUACAAAACACAGAUGAACCAGUCCAGGCGGGAAGCAGACGAGACGACCUUUGAACUCCGCGAGACAAAAAAGGACUCUGAGCGUCUCAGAGAAGAUAGUGAGGCUGAACUAGAAAAGCUGCAGUCACAAAUAUUGUCCUGUACUUCUUUCUGUGUUGUCCUAUGUGCGGUUAAAACACAGCUCCAAGACAGACUGCAAGAGUUACAGCCCCUGCCAGAAAUGUUAAAGAACACAGAGUUACGGUUACAUGAGUCUGAAGAUAGUCUGAGAAACUCGGAACGUAGAAAUGUUGAAAAUUCUAAAAUCAUUUCAGAAUUACAAGGAAAGGUUGAAACAUUGACAGAGACCAUGGAAAGGAUGAAGGAGAAAUUACAAGGUACCCAAACUGAUAAUCACUCCAUGAAUGACAGAGUUGUCACCCUUGAAAGACGACUUCAGGACGCAGAGGAGCAGAAUAGGGAGCUGUUGACAACUGUAGCCAGGAGGGAGGAGGCCUUACAUCAGAACAAUUUAAGGCUGGAAGACCGGGAGAGAGAAAAUGCCAGUUUAACUCGCCAGUUAGAGGGAGCCCUCACCGACCUUCGACGUCAGCAAGAGCAGACACGAGACAAGCAGCAGUCCAAGGAACGCACGUUACAAACACGUAUCGUCGACCUUGAAUCACAGCUCAGUCAAACACGUGCAGAAGUUGCUCGCAUCAAGCGUGAAAAAGAAGAGUUGGUGGAGUUGAAGAAUGGAGAAACAUACAACGGACAUUUAGUAAGCUGUGAUAACUGGAUGAAUAUCAAUCUUAGAGAAGUUAUUUGUACUUCAAGG